AUGGUUCGCCAAUCGAUCCUGUCGCUCGUCGCCAUCGUGUCGACCGCUCUGGCCACAAUACCGUCCACCGAUGUCCUGCCCGGUGGCAUCAUCAUCGAGCUCAACGAUGGCCAUGACCUCGAUGCCUUCGUCGACGACAUCAGCAAGAUCGGGAAAGUGCGCAUCAAGUUCGACUGUGAAAUCUACAAAGGCGUCUCCGUCGAGCUGUACGACAUUGCCGCGGCCGCGGCAACGACGGCUAAGAUCACAGCUGGCGCUGCCGUGAAAGCCGUGUCCCAAAUCCGCCAAAUUGCGGCUGCCAAGCCGAGUGUCGAAUGGACUGGCAACAAGAAGACGAAGAAGGGCUCUUCUGAACUUCGGAAACGUGGAAAUGCGACCUCGACGGCCGAUACCUACUCCCCUCAUGUCAUGACUCAGAUAGAUAAGCUACGGGCCAAAGGACUUACCGGGAAGGACAUCAGGAUUGCUAUUAUCGAUUCGGGUAUCGACUACAACCACCCGGCUCUUGGUGGCUGCUUUGGCCCAGGCUGUCUGGUCGCCUUCGGUAAAGACUUCGUCGGCGAUGACUAUGACGGUACGAACACGCCGGUGCCCGACGACGACCCAUUAGACACUUGCCACGGCCACGGCACUCAUGUCGCCGGCAUCAUAGCCGCCCGGCCAAAUAACGUGGGUUUUACCGGCGUUGUUCCUGACGCUACUCUCGGCGCAUACCGCGUCCGUAGCUGCAAAGCGCACGGCGGCAGCGACAUCAUCAUCGCUGCUUGUAUUGAAGCCUACAAAGAUCAUGCGAAGAUUAUCAACCUCUCCAUUGGUGAUCAAGGUGGUUGGCUCGGGGAAGCUGUGACAGUUAUCGUCCAGCGCAUCGUCGACAAGGGAAUCCCCGUCAUUGCCUCGGCAGGCAAUGACGGUGACCAUGGACUCUUCUACCCGAGCACUCCUUCGUCCGGAAUUGGAGUAGCAUCCGUUGCCUCUUUUGAAAACACCCUGACGACGAGGGUUCUAUAUAAAUCCCACUACACCAUCGAUACCGGCAGGAAGCUCAAUUUUGGCUACCGUCCCGGUGUGCCCAACACCUGGAACGGCGUAUCGCUCGAUGUUUACCUGUACGCGACGAGGAAGAAUGCUUCUACGGACGAUAUGACGAGCAAAAUGACGAACGGUACCACGAAGCAUGAUGCUUGCGGCACACUGCCGGAUAGUACCCCUGAUUUGCGCAACACGAUUGUCCUGGUCGGCCCUGAUUCCUGCAAUCCUAUCACCAAGAUCAAACAUGCUCUGGCGAAGGGGGCCAAUUAUAUUUUGGCUCAUGAUAUCGAAAGCAAUAUUGGGCUGGUGAACCUUACAGCUCUGACUGGUGUUCUUGCUUGCGGCGUGGUGUCGAAAGCGACGGGCGAUAGCUGGACAAAGGCUAUAUUGCAGGGCAAGCGGGUUACCUUGAACAUGGUCGACGAUAAUUUGGAUCAAAUGUUGGAAACGACUCCAAAUCACAAUACUGGCGGUGCUGUCUCUACCUUCAGCAGCUGGGGCCCAUCCUGGGAGCUGGGUUCCAAGCCCCAGUUCGGAGCCCCUGGUGGAAGUAUUGUUUCCACCUUCCUUACCUCCGCUGGCGGUUACUCUGUCCUUUCCGGAACAUCCAUGGCCGCACCAUUGGUGACCGGCAUUGUAGCCCUCAUCGGCCAGGCUCGAGGUACAUUUGAUCCAGCGUUGAUCAAUAGCCUUCUGUCAUCUACCGCAAAGCCCCAGCUCUUCAACGAUGGUGACAAAUUCUACGAUUACUAUGCCCCGACGGCCCAGCAAGGAGGCGGCCUUGUCCAGGCUUUUGAUGCAGCCUAUGCUACUACCCUACUCCAGCCCUCUGCUUUGUCCUUCAACGACACGGAGCACUUCGUCAAGUCUCGCAAGAUUACAAUUACCAAUACAGGCCGCGAGGAAAUUACCUACAAGCUAUCCCACGUACCGGCCAUUGCUAUGUACACCCUCGGCAAGGGAUCAAUUUCCGCCGCUAAAUUCCCCAACGAACCGGUCCGGGCCGCCGCGACGAUCAAGCUUAGCCAGAGCUCUGUCAAGCUAGGCGCCGGUAAAUCGGCCUCUAUCGAUGUGCAGGCAACCCCUCCUUCUGGUGUUGAUCGGAAGCGUCUAGCCUUCUGGUCGGGCUGGAUAGCCAUCAACGGCACUGAUGGUGCCUCUUUGUCGAUCCCUUACCAGGGCCUCACCGGUUCUCUCCGAGCUUCGACAAUCCUGGCGCCUGGAAACACUUGGAUCGCACGCUCCAACGAUACGAAAAAUCGUGACAGGUUGGGGGAUAAUUCAACAUUUACGAUGCCGACACGUGACGGCAAGAACAUCACAGGAGCCGUCCUGCCUUCCAUCAUCACUGAGUUCAAUCUUGGGACGUCCCUCGUAGUGGCACAUGUUGUGCCCGUUGCAAGCAACCUGGCCAAGAAUACAACGAUUAAUUUCAGGAACCUAACUACCGACGUAGGAGACUUCAAUUCUAUCGGCCGGCCGUACGGUUUCUGGUUCACGUAUGUUUCGCGGCAUAUCAAGUUGCAUCCUUGGGAUGGUCGGCUCGACUCUGGGAAGUAUGCGCCGGCAGGAAAGUAUAAAAUUAUUGUCCGCGCCCUAAGGAUUUUCGGCAAUGCGACAGAUGAAGCCGAUUGGGAUGUUGUGGAAACGCCUCCCUUCAACAUCAAGUAUCCUGAUUAA